AUGCGACAAAUGCAGCAUCGACAAAUGCAGCAUUUUCCAAACAAACUUUCUUUAAUCAAUCACAUUUGCCCCUUCCCUUGGCAAAGCCACGAGCAAAACAUCUUGGCCACAUUUGCUCAGUGUCGAGAAUUCGAACAUGAGGGAGUCAAAUGUACUCCACACGAUCCAAUUGAAUGCACUGGAAGGAAUCCUGUUUGUGUUUUUUCAAAGAUGACUGACGAUUAUCGUUGUUGCUCGGAUGUGCCUCAGGAUUUGAGUAGUCCGCCGGGAGUGCCUGAACAAGUGAAACCAAUUUGUCCUUAUGGUGCCACUUCCUAUGAUAUCCCGUCCGUUCUUCUCUGUGAUCCAACCGAAGAAAAAUCAUGUCCAGACGAGUACACAUGUGAACAAGCUGUCAAUAGUCAAAUGCUUUCCACUUACAAUAUGCAUCUUUGCUGCAAAACAACGGCUUUAGAUUCGUUUGAGAAUGUUUUCUAUGAGACAAAAAGAGCCGGUCACACUGAAGAAAAUUUCAUUACUGAGAGACCAAUUUCCGGGAUACUUUCAUCACGUCUUGUUGCUUUACAG